GGGAGCCCCCCUUCUGCCCCUAUUUAACACGACUGCCGACUCGCUCCGAGACCAGUUGCUCCGCCUGAAGCCACCUUCUUUGACUCCUCCUUUGACUUUCCCGGAUUCAUUCUUCCAUUUUCCGCUUUCUUCUCUUGCCGCCAGAUUCAGCCUUUUAUCAACACCUCAAAAUGCACAUACACGUCAUUGCGUGGUUAUUGUGCUGUUACGCCAUCUCGAGUACAAUGGCCUCUACAUCCUUUCCAAUCCCGACGGGUGGCCAUCACCUACUGCUCCAGCACUCUCCCGUCGCAGUGGCUUUGCCACCAGUAACCCGUAGACAGAUGGAAGUGUUGCCAUCGCAAGAGAGAGAGCCGUCUUGUUCAGAACUCCGUUCCAUGUGGCGGCAUAUGAGGCGGAUGGGCAGACAAAUGGAGUUCACGAAUGAAAUUCCGAAAAUGCAGGACCCUUUUACGACUAGCGCGAUGCGAUACGGGGGUGGGAGGAGGAGACCCAGCAAAUACCCGGAUCCCAACCCCUACAGUGCGGCCAAGUCUUCCAGCGCAAGCAAAGAUACCGUCUUCCAACGCAAGACAGACUUCGUCCAUUCCCCUAAAGGACAAUUCGGGGAAAUUGUGCAGGAUCCCAAUGAGCUGUACGGUCCCAACAGAGUGCUGAGCAAUUCUGAAACUUUAGGUUUCCAUGAGUUUGAUGAUUUUCAGGGACCGAAGUUAAUGAGUGGAACCCGUCGUAUUCCAGGAAGAUUUGCAGAUAGUUCCUUACCUGAAGAAUCUCUUGGUGUGUACGGAACUGUGGUACAUUCACCUGAAGAGAGGGAUCGCUUUAGAGCUAGGACCAGGAGACCGCCAGAUUUCCGGAGUAGGUACCGAAAUCAAUGGAGAGACAGCACGGGUAUCGGUCGGGUGCCUUUCAGGGCUACAAAACCUCACUCCCAGUACCACUAUGGCAGCGUGGUAACGCAUGGCGAGCGGCACCCCCUUGGAGGAUUUGCCGAGUUUCCGCAGGAGAUUGGCCAGCGGACCGGUGGGGGAGCCCGCGUGGAAAGGAUCGAUAAAAUUCCUUUCGCAGGAAAGUUAAAGAAUAUCUUCUCAUUCAAUAAAUCAAUUGUCAUUUCUCAUGCCAUUCUUAAAUACCUUAAUAACAAAGGUGCUGAUGUCAUAUUUUUUCAUGUACGCGACUACACUGAUGAUCUAGGAAAUGAAAGAGCUGAUUGGUUGGCAAAACGAGCUACAAAUCUUCAAGUUAAUACUCCAAUGAUACUGUCUAAGUCACUCUUCAAGAAAAAAG